CGGAGGAGGUGCGGGGUAUGGCUCCGCCGGCGACGAGCGGGAUCCCGCCGGUUGCUCCCUCGCUGGGCCCGACGGCCGUCUGGCUGGGGAACCGCUCCGAUCUCGAGGGAGGAGUUAGAUGGCUUUGGGAAUUUUUGUUGUGAAAGCUUCAGUAUCACGUAAUUGGUUUUCUGAUGACUUUUCAACCCAUUUAGUAGCAACAUUAUGAAUUACCAUGUCUGUUUUAGUACAAGUGAUGUACAGGCCUUGGCAAGCCAUGAUUUACCGACAACUACCGUGACGACUGGCAAUAAUAACAAGCCUGAGCACCUGGAGUAUGUUGCCUUUGUAUUGGUGCCUGUUUUCUUCAUCAUGGGUCUCUUGGGGAUCCUCAUCUGUCACGUCCUUAAGAAAAAAGGGUAUCGUUGUACAACAGAGGCUGAAGAAGUAGAGGAAGAGGAGAAGCCUGAUGAAAAAAUAGAAAUGAAUGAAACUGCGCAUGAGAAUAGUGACACUGUAGGACAAAUUAUUAACUACAUUAUGAAAAAUGAAGCAAAUGCUGAUGUGUUAAAGGCCAUGGUAGCAGAUAGCAGUGUCUUUGAACCCGAAAGCCCCGUGUCUCCUAACACUCCUGGGAGUCCAACAAGUCCAGGGUCUCCUUUGUCACCUGGUGCUGCUCCACUUAAACACAGCUGCAAAGGCCAUCACUUACAUACUGUUGGAGGAGUAAUAGAGAAAGAUGUUUGUUCUCGCUGUAGCCACAAACGAUGGCAUCAUAUAAAACCAGCUCACAAAUCCAAAGAGCACAGAAGAAGUCGCCUUGGAGAAGUUACAGUACUUUCUGUGGGAAGGUUUAGAGUCACGAAAGUGGAGCACAAAUCUAAUUCCAAAGAACGGAAAAGCUUGAUGUCUGUUACUGGGGUGGAGGGCCUCAAUGGUGACAUUCCUGCCACACCUGUGAAACAGGAAGCAAAAGAAGCACCUGCCACACCUGUGAAAGAGGGGACGCAAGAGAGGAGAAGCUCAGAGUGAACUGCAGGUGGACCUUCUAGAAGAAGUUAGUCAACUAGCACUUUGGAGAAAACAGAGGACUCCCAAGAAAUGCGUUCUUAUUUAAGGAAGUGUGUUUAUGGCACUGUAGCAUUUUACAAACUUUGUGAUGGUAUCCAUGCAAGGUUAAAUACUUACUGAUUUUUAUUGGUGAAAAAAAAUUAAGAUUUACACAUACACACUGUUGGGCAGUGUGGACCUCAUACCAAAAGUUGAGCUUCAUCUUCAAAAUCAAAAAUACAGACAUUUUUUUGGACAGGGAAGGUAAAAAUUCCAGAUAAUUUUUUUCUUCAUACUUUACCCCUCUAGUCCAUCUGGAUUUUUUAACUCUGUUCUUCCCUUCCAGAGCUCACAAAUACUCACUGAAGAUGAAAGUCAGACUACGGAAGAUGAAAAAUACUCUAUUAAUCUAAAUUUUAGUAGCCAAGCAAACCACACAAGAAAAUAAACGUUUUCAGUCAAAUCUGCAUGUGUGCAGACAUGCAGAAGUAUGUAAGCCUUUCUGACUCUGUGACAGGUAACUCACAGCACAGAAUGGCUUAGCUAUACGCAAGUGUUAAAUGAUACUGUUGUCCUUAUUCCCAUUACCUUAAUAACUAUUUAAUAUUAGGCUAAAAAGUGUCUUCUUCUAUGCUCUUGGUUGAGCUUUUGGAAAGGUCACUUUCAUGAAGACCAUUUGUUCUCCAAUUUUCUUGUAACUCCUUAGUCAUAUUUGCAGUCGUAUUGCCUAAUGGCUUUGCCUUUCUCUUUUGUUUUUUACCCGCAGGUUCCUUAUUAAGCUAAGGCAACAUAUUUGAACCACUAGAUAAGGAUAUGGAAUAUUUGUCAUUAAAAAUUUAUGGAGUAUGUACUGAAGUACUUCAGAGUGGCUUCAGAGGGUAGCAGUUCUCACUGGCACCGAAAUCUUAAGCCAUUGUUUCACUGCCUUAAUAUUUUGAGUGUGAUCUACU